AUAUUCAUUUGGUUCAUGACUUCUGACCAGAGCUGUUUGUUCUUAUUUUCGACUGUUUUGUGAAGAGCGAAUUUUGUGAUUGUAUUACGGGAGUCUCGAGUUACGGAGUUGUUGGACUUUGACAUGAAAAACUCUCCGCUAAGUGAUGCUGGCCGAGGACUUAUUUAUCAGACCUUAUUGCUCCGGAGCAGCAUUCAAAGAUUUAUUUUUGACAAAGGAAGAUCUCUUGUUUUAUCACGGACUAUUUAUUGUGAAGUGUGAUUAGUGAUUGUGUUACGACGAGUCUGUUGUGAUUGGGUGAUUGGACUGUAUUAAAUUCUCCUGAUUGCAUAACGCUGGCCGAGGACCAAUUCAUUCGACCUUACUGUGGAGAUGUGUUUCGUGAGAGGGAUGUGAUUUACCCUCAGUCAACUUUGUUCUUGCCUUCGUUAAAAACUUAAAAUGCCGCUAUGGGCGAAAAACAAGGUAUUCAAAUUUCAAGUUGAGCUUACGCUAGAAGAGCUCACGUCGGUUCCAUUCAUCAACGCAGUCUUGUUUGCUAAGAUCAAGCUUCAGAAUGGUGGAGCUUUCCGUGAAAUUUCAUCCAGAGAAGAGGUGAAGGAUCAUAAAGAAACGAAUGGCGGGAAAAGUUGCAUGAAGUUGGGUUAUGCGAAUAUUGAUCUUGCUGAAUUUGCUGGUGGAGGAGCUGUCGAUAGAAAAUAUCUUCUGGAGGGUUACAGUGGUCAUCAAGGACAGCAUAAUUCCACCUUGCGAGUUCUCGUCAAUGUUGUUCUGCAAACAGGCGAUCCGUGCUUUACAAGGCCAAUUCCGUGCGGUAGAGAAGCCGAGCGGAUUGAUGACAUAGGAGUUUCCGGAGACCCGGCGUCGGCAGUUGAUAUAACAAAUCAAGAUGGAUCAUCCGCCUUAUCUGAUGAGAAAAGCACCAAUCAGAAAGCCGUUUUAUGCCCUGUUAGUCCCGUCGCAAAACAAAGGUCGCCCGGAUUAUCACAUGGACCCCAAGCAGAGAGUUUGCAAGGGCAGCUUGACCUUGAAUCCUGUAUUUCGGAAAAUGCACCUGUCGCCAAUAAUGGAGCGGCCAGCGGUGAUUUCGAAAUGGGCCAUGCGAGGAACUCCAGUGCAGCUAGUCGUGUUUCCGGCUACGCAUCCAUGCCGGGGGCUUCCCAUUCGAGGCAGUCGAGUUCUGGAGACUCUGGUGUGGCUGCUGCUUCUAGUCAUAUGAGGAAUCCGAGUACAAGCAGCGGACACGGUUCCGGUCACAGCAACGCGAGCUCUUUUGAGCGCGCUAAUGCUAGUAAUGCUCGGAAGAAAAAAAUUACGAGUACAGGUGGUAGUUUAGAAGAACCUUUGAUGGUCACGUCUGGUGGGUCAGGUGUAUCACUCGCAGCUCGCGUGGGUAGUACUCGAGUAGACCCCCAAGAUGUGAUCGAGGAUCUCCUGCAAGGUACUCAAAUCAAAUGCAACGAAUCCGCGGAAAGUCAAGGUUUGCAACUGAUCGUUCACUCGGACAAUAGUACUUCGCUGGGUAGUUCGAAAGGCCUUCAUGGAAAAUCCAAUCGAUCCCCGGUGGUGAUAUCGCCAACGGCCAACGCAGACAGGUAGCGUUGCAGGAUUCUUGCUGCUCACGGUUGGUCUUCUAGCUCUGCGUUGAGCGAAUGAUGUAAUGAAAUUUCGUUCGGGCUUGCCGCUUUUGCGUCCUGAUAUUAAGGGAUGAUUUGUGUGUGUUUUUUUUUUUUUUUGAAUCGAGCGUGAAGCGUUUUUUUUUUCGGCUUUUAGGUGUCUUAUGAAAAAUCGAUAUGCUCAAUGUGGUGAUGUUUUGUCUGCCUUAUUUUCACACGUCGUCCAAGCUCGAAGAUCGUCAUUUGACACGGUAUCAAAUCUUUUCGCUCUUUGAAUCGAACUAUGACACGGUGUAAUUCGUAUAUUUCUGGUAUUAUUUUUUGUCCUAGGUUUCCGAUUCGUCUUGAAUGGCUGAGAAACCUUACGAAUUUUUCUUCAGUCUAUUCAAUGCGAUUUCGAUUUUUUGAAGUAUGGAAUACUUGAGUUAAACGUAACUCGGAUGAAAAAUUUUGAAUUCGUGCCGCUAACGCCUUUUGCUGUUGGAAUAAUCUGACUAGAGAAAUAUUCAUUGUUUGCCCGGUGCAGGUAUAUUCUCCAGUCUACUUCCAGCUUUUCGUGUAAUAUGUGAACCUGCAUUUCGUACAGACGAGUAAUCGCGUUCAAAAUUUCGGGCUUCUGAAGUGUAACAAAGUCGCCGUCCCAGCAUGGUUUUUUGUUUUUGUGCUAAGCGGACGUCCAUGUUCGUAAAUAUUGAAAUUGUUCAUUCAGUGGUGACUGGAGGUCUCUAGUCAAGGUUAGAUGUGAACUGUAUCUUUGUGGUUGGUUAUGAUUUGUAUGCCCAUCAUCCACGCAGAGGAGAAAUAUUUUUCUAGUAAUUUUUUUGGUGUUCCACGCUGCUUCAAUUGGCCGAUUAAAAAAUACUGUACAGUAGGCAAACUUCGUUAGAAAACCCUUUUCUCCCGAACAAUCGAAAGCAUGUUUUUUAUGAUUUCAUAUAAGAAGUAUGAGCUAUCGGCAUUUUGCUGAGGAUUCUCUUACGUUGAUUUGCGUCAUAGGUCUUUCAUUCAAUUAUGGAUUUGAAUCCCUUGAAUUCUUCGUAAUCUGUUCAUUCUCAAAAUUUUGACCCGUCAUGAACUACAAUGCAAUGACUCGAAAGCCACCGUGUAGACGGACGAGCGUAUGAAGAGAGGGACUAGAUACGUAUUAGAAGAAAUUCUCAAUUGGCUGGGUAUUCUCAGCGAGAGGCCAAAGUGCGCAGAAGUUGAGACUUCUACGGAUUUGAUUUUAACUUAUUCCAUUCGCUUUUUUCCUAAUUUCCUUGCAGCGUUCAUUGUCGAUGUGUCAUGUGAUUCUGCUGAAUUCUUCAAGAGGCUAAGGGUGAUUCAACUUGCGUAUCAAAAAGUACGUCGCUCUCUUGUUAUUCUGAGCCGAAUUGCCCUUCGAAAAAUAUUAUUUUUUCUUCGGAAUGUGAUGCGUCUCUGUUUAAUUUUUUUUGGGUUUUUUAAAAUUUUAAAUUCACCUGCGGAGGAAUAGUUUCGCGUUACUCGUGAGGUUAUUCAUAAGCAAAGGGUGGAACAUGUGCCAGAAAUGAGCCGCGUUGCCAGUGGCUCGUUCGAGCAAUAUUGUUAUUCGGAAGUUGAAUGUGCAAGAAAAUGACGAGGGAGAGAAAAAAAACAAUCGGCUUGAAA